AUGGCGGCUUCCACCAGCCUUGCUGACCUACGAAAGUCAACUACAAAAGACAAUGUACUCACACAAUGGCACAUAUCUGAGUGCGACCAGUACUUGCAGGAUGGAUCAGGGAUUGUGAGGGAUCUUUUCAGAAGUUGCGUAAUUUUCCUGCAGCUGUUUCUUGCAGCUACGCAGAAAACUGAAGUGUCACGUCCAUCGUACGAGAAACUAGAGGAUAAUUUAGCGACCCUUUGUUUUUGGGACGUUGAUUUUGGUGUUUCAAGAGGUGAACUUGACAGAAUCCUGGAAGAAACCGAGGAAAAUCGCGAUCUGACCUUGUCCGUCCUUAUUUCACUUGGAGAUUUCCUCAGUCACGGUAUUGCUCCCUUUAUACCACACUUGCUUCGCGUUAACGUUCCAUGUUCAUCCGAUCAGGCUGCACUACUGGACACGUCACAAAUCUUCACGUCUCUUUCCAAGGCCAAAAGUAACAAUAUGGAUUGGGAAGAGCCGAUUGAUGGGGAAAUGGAUAGCGUGGAAGAAGCUUUCGAAAUGCUUGAUUCAAAAGUCGCGCGUUUCAAAGUCCUAGGCUCCAUCCUUGAGGACCCAAUACCUACAUUCUCGACUGCCGAGAAGCCGAGAACUCCUGCCUUCAUUCGGGAUUGGUCCGCACAUCAUUACUAUGCGGAGAUCAUCAACGCGCGGUUCCCACUUGCCAAGCCGGCAUUAGUUGAAGUUCUAGGAAAACGUAACUGGGAGCGAUUUCAGCGCAUCCAAAAAAUUAGGGACGAAAAUGAACACAAAAAUAUUUUAGCACACGAAAUCGAGAACGAGUCAAAAUUUCAUGAUUCUGGACUCGGUACAUCUGCAUCAGCAAACUCCACCAACGGCGAAGAAAUGUCAAUGUACGCAGAAACGAUUCUCUCCAAACGGGCGAAAUAUAGCCACAAACACCUACCACCACUCCCGGAAGAUGGCAGGAAAGGAAAACCUUUUACUUGCGAAAUCUGUAAUAGAAGUGUUUCAAUACAGCGAACACAAGCUUGGAGAAAACACGUCUUCCAGGACAUUCUCGCCUACACUUGUAUUUUUGACGAUUGUCCGUCCGAUACAUGUUUCUUUGAAGACAUAGAGGCUAUGACAGCUCAUUUAGGCUACAACCAUAGCUUAUCACCGGACUGGGGGAGUUUAAAAUGCCCCUUGUGCUUUGAGGAGACAGAAAGUGGUCGAACCAAAAUCUCGCUCCAUUUUGCCAGACAUAUGGAGGAAAUUUCGCUUGGAGUUCUUCCUCAUAUCGAGGAUUCCGAUGAUGAGUCCGAA